AUUACAGCCCAGAGCAGCCUCAGAGUUAUCCGACUGGAUCAAGAUUGGAGAUCUGACUUCCAAAAAUGGUCAUCUUUUUGUAAACCUUCAAUCAAAAGGCUUAAAAGGAGGAGGUCGAUUUGGUCAAACAACUCCACCACUUGUUGAUUUUCUCAAGGAUAUUUUAAGAAGAUAUCCUGAAGGAGGACAGAUUCUUAAGGAAUUGAUUCAGAAUGCAGAAGAUGCUGGGGCCACAGAAGUUAAAUUUUUGUACGAUGAAACUCAGUAUGGAACAGAGACCCUUUGGUCAGAAGACAUGGCUCAGUAUCAGGGGCCAGCUCUCUACGUGUACAACAAUGCGGUUUUCACCCCGGAGGACUGGCAUGGCAUUCAGGAAAUAGCAAGGAGCAGGAAGAAGGACGACCCUUUGAAGGUUGGAAGAUUUGGAAUUGGGUUUAAUUCUGUCUAUCAUAUAACAGAUGUUCCUUGUAUCUUCAGUGGUGACCAGAUUGGGAUGUUAGAUCCUCAUCAAACUCUUUUUGGUCCACAUGAAUCAGGCCAAUGUUGGAAUCUCAAAGAUGAUAGCAAAGAAAUUAGCAAGCUUUCAGACCAGUUUGCACCAUUUAUUGGGAUUUUUGGAAGCACCAAGGAAACAUUUAUAAAUGGCAGUUUUCCAGGAACAUUUUUCCGUUUCCCUCUUCGCCUUCAACCCUCCCAGCUUAGUAGCAACCUCUACGAUAAGCAGAAGGUUCUUGAGUUGUUUGAGUCUUUCAAGGCAGAUGCAGACACGGUGCUGCUCUUUCUGAAAAGCGUGCAGGAUGUCUCCUUAUAUGUCCGCGAGGCCAGUGGAACAGAGAAGCUGGUGUUCAGAGUGAGCGCUCGUGAGGGCGGGGCCCUGGGACGUGAGCGGCCGGAUUCUGUGAAGAUCCUGGGAGGCGCCAUAAGUGACUACUGUGAGAAGAUCCCCAGCGGCAGCGUAACCGUUGUGACGUACCCUGUAGACAUAGCUGUAGAAGAUGGGAGUGCCACGGGCGCGCAGGAGGCGUCUUGGCUGGUGUGCAACAGUGUGGGCGGGCGAGGGAUUAGCAGUAAACUCGAUUCGCUAGCUGAUGAGCUGAAAUUCGUCCCCGUCAUUGGCAUCGCCAUGCCUUUAUCAAGCAGAGAGGAUGGAGAGGAAGGAGCAGUGUCCGGGUUCUCAGGGAAAGCCUUCUGUUUCCUUCCUUUACCGCCCGGGGAGGAGAGUAAGACGGGCCUCCCGGUUCACGUCAGUGGGUUCUUCGGCCUGACGGACAACCGCAGGAGCAUCAAGUGGAGGGAGCUGGACCAGUGGAGGGACCCGGCUGCCCUGUGGAAUGAGCUGCUCGUCGUGAGCGUGGUCCCAGGGGCCUAUGCUGCCCUGGUCCUGGAUGCCAUCAGACGCCUGCAGGCGGUGAGCCCCCCCGGCCUGCCGCUGUCGGUGGCCAGCGUCUACGGGCUCUGGCCCGACACGGACCAGGUCAGGGCGCACUGGCAGCCUGUGCUGGGGCCCCUGUUCAGCGAGCUCUUCCAGCACGCGGUCCUUCACUCUGCCAGCGGCCACUGGGUCAGGCUGGAGCAGGCAUGCUUCUCCGAGCUGGACGAAAGCCUGGAGUACACGCAGUCCGUGCUCAGCUACCUCCAGAGCUCCGGGAAGCAGGUGGUCAAAGUGCCGGCCCACGUGGCCGCGGCCGUCGGGCUGGCAGCUCCCAGCACCAGGCCGGUGCAGAAGGUGACGCCCGCCUGGACGCGGCAGGUGCUGCGGAAGGCCGCGCACGCAGGCAGCGCCACGGAGAAGCUGCACCUCCUGGAGUUCGUGCUUGCCGACCGCGCCUACAGCGAGCUGCUUGGGCUGGAGCUGCUGCCUCUGCAGAACGGCAGCUUUGUUCCCUUCUCCUCCUCUGUGUCCGAUCAAGACGUCGUUUACAUUACCUCAGAAGACUACCCACGGUCCCUUUUCCCAGGUCUUGAAGGAAGAUUUAUUUUGGAUAACUUGAAGCCUCACCUUUUAGCUGCUUUAAAGGAAGCUGCCCAAACCCGAGCACAACAGCUUCUCUGGGGAUAUUCAGGAAGACCAUGUACUCAGCUGCAGCUUCUAAAUCCAGAUCGUUUUGCACGUCUUAUCAAAGAAGUAGUGAAUACGUUCUGGCCUGGCAGAGAGUUGAUCGUCCAGUGGUAUCCAUUUGAUGAAGACAAAAAUCACCCGCCUGUUUCAUGGCUUAAAAUGGUUUGGAAGAAUCUCUAUAUACAUUUUUCAGAGGAUCUGACUUUAUUUGAUGAGAUGCCACUUAUCCCUAGAACUGCGCUAGAAGAAGGUCAGACGUGCGUGGACCUCGUUAGACUCAGGAUUCCAUCCCUAGUCAUCUUAGAGGACGAAUCUGAAGCACAGCUUCCCGAAUUCCUAGCAGACAUUGUACAGAAACUUGGAGGGAUUGUUCUCAAAAAAUUAGAUGCCUCCAUACAACAUCCACUUAUUAAAAAAUACAUUCACUCGCCAUCACCGAGUGCUGUUCUGCAGAUAAUGGAGAAGAUGCCUUUGCAAAAACUCUGUAACCAGAUAGCUUCGCUCCUUCCAACGCACAAGGACGCCCUGAGGGAGUUCUUGGCCAGCUUAACUGACAGCAGUGAAAAGGAGAAAAGAAUCAUUCAGGAACUGACAAUAUUCAAGCGAAUUAAUCACUCAUCCAGUCAGGGAGUUUCCUCUUACACAAAACUGAAAGGCUGCAGGGUCUUGCACCACAUGGCAAAGCUGCCGGCGGACCUGCGGCUCUCGGUCUCCGUCAUCGACAGCAGCGACGAGGCGACCAUCCGCUUGGCAAACCUGCUGAAAGUAGAGAAGUUAAAGACUACCAGUUGCUUAAAGCUUAUUUUAAAAGACCUUGAAAAUGCAUUUUAUUCACAUGAAGAGAUGGCUCACCUCAUGUUAUGGGUCCUUGAGAAUCUAUCCUCCUUGAAAAAUGAGAAUCCAAAUGUGCUUGAUUGGUUGAUACCAUUAAAAUUCAUUCAGGUCUCACAGGAACGGAUGGUCUCAGCCGGUGAGCUCUUUGAUCCGGAUAUACAAGUAUUAAAGGAUCUCUUCUACAACGAAGAGGAAACGUGUUUCCCACCACCGGCUUUUACCUCACCAGAUGUUCUCCACUCUUUAAGACAGAUUGGUUUAAAAAAUGAAGCCAGUCUCAGAGAGAAAGAUGUUGUGCAAGUGGCGAAAAAAAUCGAAGCCUUACAGGUCAGUUCUUGUCCAAAUCAGGACAUUCUUCUAAAGAAAGCCAAAACCCUCUUACAGGUUUUAAAUAAGAACCACGCCUUGUUGCAGUCGACUGAAGGAAAGAUGACACUGAAGAAAAUAAAGUGGGUUCCAGCUUGCAAGGAAAGGCCUCCAAAUUACCCAGGCUCUCUAGUCUGGAGAGGAGAUCUCUGUGACCUUUGUGCACCACCGGAUAUGUGUGACGCGGCCCAUGCGAUUCUGGUGGGCUCGUCACUUCCUCUUGUCGAGAGCGUCCACGUAAACUUGGAAAAAUCGUUAGGGAUCGUCACAGAACCUAGCGUCAGUGCUGUCUUACAGCACUUUAAGAUGGUUGUUGACUGGUACACCUCGAAAACCUUUAGUGAUGAAGACUACUACCAGUUCCAGCAUAUUUUGCUUGAAAUUUAUGGAUUUAUGCAUGACCAUUUAAAUGAAGGGAAAGAUGCUUUCAGAGCCUUAAAAUUUCCAUGGGUUUGGACUGGCAAAAAGUUUUGUCCCCUUGCCCAAGCUGUGAUAAAACCGUUCCAUGAUCUUGACCUUCAGCCUUAUUUGCAUAGUGUGCCUAAAACCAUGGCAAAAUUCCACCAGCUGUUUAAGGUCUGUGGUUCAAUAGAAGAGUUGACAUCAGAUCAUAUUUCCAUGGUCAUUCAGAAGAUAUAUCUCAAAAGUGGCCAAGAUCUCAGUGACCAAGAAAGCAAGCAGCAUCUUCAUCUUAUGCUGAGCAUCAUCAGAUGGCUGUACAGCAAUCAGAUCCCAGCAAGCCCCAACACACCAGUUCCUGUACAUCACAGCAAGGACCCUUCUAAACUUAUCAUGAAGCCAAUUCACGAGUGCUGCUACUGUGACAUCAAAGUUGACGACCUUAAUGACCUACUGGAAGAUUCAGUGGAACCAAUCAUUCUGGUGCAUGAGGACAUCCCCAUGAAAACUGCAGAGUGGCUGAAAGUCCCAUGCCUCAGCACGAGACUGAUCAAUCCCGAGAACAUGGGAUUCGAGCAGUCAGGACAAAGAGAACCACUUACUGUAAGAAUUAAAAAUAUUCUGGAAGAAUACCCAUCAGUGUCAGAUAUUUUUAAAGAGCUACUUCAAAAUGCAGAUGAUGCAAACGCAACGGAGUGCAGCUUCAUGAUUGACAUGCGAAGAAACAUGGACAUUAGAGAGAACCUCCUAGACCCGGGAAUGGCAGCUUGUCACGGGCCAGCGCUCUGGUCAUUCAAUAAUUCUGAGUUCUCCGACUCAGACUUUGUGAACAUAACUAGGUUAGGAGAAUCCUUAAAAAGGGCAGAAGUUGACAAAGUUGGAAAAUUUGGUCUGGGAUUUAAUUCCGUGUACCACAUCACUGACAUCCCCAUCAUCAUGAGUCGAGAAUUCAUGAUAAUGUUUGAUCCAAACAUAAACCAUAUCAGUAAGCACAUUAAAGACAAAUCUAAUCCUGGGAUCAAAAUUAAUUGGAGUAAGCAACAGAAAAGACUUAGGAAAUUUCCUAAUCAGUUCAAACCAUUUAUAGACGUGUUUGGCUGUCAGUUACCCUUGACUGUAGAAGCACCUUACAGCUACAGUGGGACUCUUUUCCGACUGUCCUUUAGAACUCAACAGGAGGCAAAAGUGAGCGAAGUUAGCAGUACCUGCUACAACACAGCAGAUAUCUACUCUCUUGUGGAUGAAUUUAGUCUCUGCGGACACAGGCUUAUCAUUUUCACUCAGAGUGUAAACUCAAUGUAUUUAAAGUACUUGAAAAUUGAGGAAACCAAUCCCAGCUUAGCACAAGAUACAAUAAUAAUUAAAAAGAAGUCGUGCUCUUCUAAAGCACUGACUGCACCAGUCUUAAGUGUUUUAAAAGAGGCUGCUAAGCUCAUGAAGACUUGCGGCAGCAGUAACAAAAAGCUUCCCACUGAUGCACCCAAGUCGUCUUGCAUCCUUCAGAUCACAGUGGAAGAAUUUCACCAUGUGUUCAGAAGGAUUGCUGACUUACAGUCCCCGCUUUUUAGGGGUCCGGAUGACGACCCAGCGACUCUCUUCGAAAUGGCUAAGUCUGGCCAAUCCAAAAAGCCAUCGGAUGAGUUGCCACAAAAAACAGUGGAAUGUACCACGUGGCUUAUAUGUACCUGUAUGGAUACAGGAGAGGCUCUCAGGUUCUCCCUGAGUGAGAGUGGGAGGCGGCUGGGGCUGGUUCCUUGUGGGGCUGUAGCAGUUUUUCUGGCUGAGAUCCAGGACCAAAAGUGGGCUGUGAGACCACAGGCUGGAGAGGUGUUUUGCUAUUUACCCCUACGAAUAAAAACAGGAUUGCCAGUUCACAUCAACGGGUGCUUUGCUGUUACUUCAAAUAGAAAAGAGGUCUGGAAGACAGACACAAAAGGCCGCUGGAAUGCCACCUUCAUGAGACACGUCGUCGUGAAGGCUUACUUGGAGGCACUCGGCGUCCUCCGGGACCUGGCCGCCAGCGGGGAGCUAGUGGGUUAUACUUACUAUGCAGUGUGGCCUGAUCCUGACUCAGUUCACGACGAUUUUUCUGUCAUUUGUCAAGGGUUUUAUGAAGAUAUAGCUCACGGAAAAGGGAAGGAAUUGACAAGAGUCUUCUCUGACGGAUCCACAUGGGUUUCCAUGAAGAAUGUGAGAUUUCUAGACGAUUCUAUACUUAACAGGAGAGAUGUGGGUCCAGCGGCCUUCAAAAUAUUUCUGAAAUACCUCAAGAAGACUGGGUCAAAAAACCUUUGUGCUGUUGAACUUCCUUCUUCAGUAAAAUUAGGAUUUGAAGAAGCCGGCUGCAAACAGAUACUGCUUGAAAAUACGUUUUCAGAGAAACAGUUUUUUUCAGAAGUGUUUUUUCCAAAUAUUCAAGAAAUUGAAGCAGAACUCAGAGAUCCUUUAAUGAAUUUUGUUCUAAAUGAAAAAAUCGAUGAGUUCUCGGGAAUUCUUCGCGUCACUCCAUGUAUUCCUUGCUCUUUGGAGGGGCAUCCUUUGGUUUUACCAUCAAGAUUAAUCCACCCUGAAGGACGAGUUGCAAAGUUAUUUGAUAUUAAAGAUGGACGAUUUCCUUAUGGCUCUACUCAGGAUUAUCUAAAUCCUAUUAUUUUGAUUAAAUUAGUUCAGUUAGGUAUGGCGAAAGAUGACAUUUUAUGGGAUGACAUGCUAGAACGGGCAGAGUCAGUAGCCGAAAUUAAUAAAAGUGAUCAUGGCGCUGCUUGUCUAAGAAGUAGCAUCCUUCUAAGUCUUAUUGAUGAAAAACUUAAAAUAAGGGACCCCAGAGCAAAGGACUUUGCUCCAAAAUAUCAAACAAUCCCCUUUCUUCCAUUUCUGACAAAACCAGCAGGUUUUUCUUUGGACUGGAGAGGUAACAGUUUUAAGCCUGAAACCAUGUUUGCAGCAACCGACCUUUAUACAGCUGAACAUCAAGAUAUAAUUUGUCUUCUGCAACCAAUUCUAAAUGAAAAUUCACAUUCCUUCAGAGGUUGUGGUUCAGUGCCUUUGGCUGUGAAAGAGUUUUUGGGAUUACUAAGGAAGCCAACAGUGGACCUGGUUGUAAACCAGUUGAAAAAAGUUGCAAAAUCAGUUGAUGAUGGAAUUACAUUGUACCAGGAGACCAUCACCAACGCUUGCUACAAAUACCUUCAUGAAGCAAUGAUGCAAAGUGACAUUGCUAAGGCAUCAAUUAUUGAAAAGCUAAAAACCUUUAGUUUUAUUCUAGUUGAGAAUGCGUAUGUUGACUCAGAAAAAGUUUCUUUUCAUUUGAAUUUUGAAGCAGCCCCAUACCUUUACCAGUUGCCUAAUAAAUAUAAAAAUAAUUUCCGUGAACUUUUUGAAAGUGUGGGUGUGAGGCAGUCUUUUACUGUUGAAGAUUUUGCCCUUGUUUUGGAAUUUAUUGACCAAGAAAGAGAAACAAAGCAAAUAACAGAAGAGAAUUUUCAGCUUUGCCGGCGAAUAAUUAGUGAAGGAAUAUGGAGUCUCAUUAGAGAAAAGAAACAAGAAUUUUGUGAGAAAAAUUAUGGCAAAAUAUUAUUGCCAGAUACUAAUCUUAAGCUUCUCCCUGCAAAAUCUUUAUGCUACAAUGAUUGUCCUUGGAUAAAAGUAAAGGAUACCACUGUGAAAUAUUGUCACGCCGAUAUACCCAGGGAAGUAGCUGUAAAACUAGGAGCAGUUCCAAAGCGACACAAAGCCUUGGAGAGGUAUGCGUCCAACAUCUGUUUCACAACCCUCGGCACUGAAUUUGGACAGAAAGAAAAACUGACCAGCAGAAUUAAGAGUAUCCUUAAUGCCUAUCCUUCAGAAAAGGAAAUGUUGAAAGAACUUCUUCAAAAUGCUGAUGAUGCAAAGGCCACAGAAAUCUGUUUUGUGUUUGACCCUAGGCAGCAUCCAGUUGAUAGAAUAUUUGAUGAUAAGUGGGCCCCUUUGCAGGGGCCAGCGCUGUGUGUGUAUAACAACCAACCUUUUACAGAAGAUGAUGUCAGAGGAAUCCAGAAUCUUGGAAAAGGCACCAAAGAAGGAAACCCUUGUAAAACUGGACAGUAUGGGAUAGGCUUCAAUUCUGUCUAUCAUAUUACAGACUGCCCAUCUUUUAUCUCUGGCAACGACAUCCUGUGUAUUUUUGAUCCUCAUGCCAGAUACGCACCAGGAGCCACAUCCGUUAGUCCUGGACGCAUGUUCAGAGAUUUGGAUGCAGAUUUUCGGACACAGUUCUCAGAUGUUCUGGAUCUUUAUUUGGGAACCCACUUUAAACUGGAUAAUUGCACAAUGUUUAGAUUUCCUCUUCGUAAUGCAGAAAUGGCAAAAGUUUCAGAAAUUUCUUCAGUCCCAUCAUCAGACAGAAUGGUCCAGAAUCUUUUGGACAAAUUGCGGUCUGAUGGGGCAGAGCUUUUAAUGUUUCUUAAUCACAUGGAGAAAAUUUCUAUUUGUGAAAUAGAUAAAGCUACUGGAGCUCUAAACGUGCUGUAUUCUGUAAAGGGUAAAAUCACUGAUGGAGACAGACUGAAAAGGAAACAGUUUCAUGCAUCUGUAAUUGACAGUGUUACUAAAAAGAGGCAGCUCAAAGACAUACCAGUUCAACAGGUAACCUACACUAUGGAUACUGAAGACUCGGAAGGAAACCUUACUACUUGGCUCAUUUGUAACAGGUCAGGUUUCUCAGCCAUGGAAAAAGUAUCCAGGAGCGUUGUGUCAGCUCACAAGAACCAGGACAUCACUCUCUUCCCACGGGGUGGGGUGGCUGCCUGCAUUACUCACAACUACAAGAAACCCCACAGGGCCUUCUGUUUUCUGCCCCUCUCUUUAGAGACGGGGUUGCCCUUUCACGUGAACGGCCACUUUGCUCUCGAUUCGGCUCGGAGGAAUCUGUGGCGGGACGAUAAUGGGGUCGGCGUUCGAAGCGACUGGAACAGCAGCCUGAUGACGGCCCUGAUCGCUCCUGCCUAUGUCGAAUUACUAAUCCAGCUGAAAAAGCGGUAUUUCCCCGGUUCCGACCCAACCUUAUCAGUUUUACAGAACACGCCUAUUCAUGUUGUAAAGGACACUUUAAAAAAGUUUUUAUCAUUUUUCCCAGUGAACAGGCUUGAUCUACAGCCAGAUCUGUAUUGUCUAGUGAAAGCACUUUACAGUUGCAUUCACGAAGACAUGAAACGUCUCCUGCCUGUUGUUCGGGCUCCAAAUAUUGAUGGCUCUGAUUUGCACUCUGCAGUUAUAAUCACUUGGAUUAAUAUGUCUACUUCCAAUAAAAUGAGACCCUUUUUUGACAAUUUACUGCAGGAUGAAUUACAGCACCUUAAGAAUGCAGAUUAUAAUAUCACAACGCGCAAAACAGUGGCAGAGAAUGUCUACAGACUGAAACACCUGCUUUUAGAAAUUGGCUUCAACCUGGUUUAUAACUGUGAUGAAACUGCUAAUCUGUAUCACUGUCUUAUAGAUGCUGACAUUCCUGUUAGUUAUGUCACUCCUGCUGACGUUAGAUCUUUUUUAAUGACGUUUUCCUCUCCCGAUACCAACUGCCACAUUGGCAAGCUGCCUUGUCGCCUCCAGCAGACUAACCUGAAACUUUUUCACAGUCUGAAACUUCUAGUGGAUUAUUGUUUUAAGGAUGCAGAAGAAAAUGCGAUUGAAGUGGAGGGGCUGCCCCUUCUCAUUACACUGGACAGCGUUUUGCAAACGUUUGAUGCAAAACGACCCAAGUUUCUCACAACAUACCAUGAAUUGAUUCCAUCCCGCAAAGACUUGUUCAUGAAUACAUUGUAUCUGAAAUACAGUAAUAUUUUAUUAAACUGUAAAGUUGCAAAAGUGUUUGACAUUUCCAGCUUUGCAGACCUGUUAUCCUCUGUAUUGCCUCGUGAAUAUAAGACCAAAAAUUGUACAAAGUGGAAAGACAAUUUUGCAAGUGAGUCUUGGCUUAAGAAUGCAUGGCAUUUUAUCAGCGAAUCUGUAAAUGUGAAAGAAGACCAAGAAGAGACACAGCCAACCUUUGACCUUGUGGUUGACACCCUAAAAGACUGGGCCUUGCUCCCUGGGACAAAGUUUACUGUUUCAGCCAAUCAGCUCGUAGUUCCUGAAGGUGAUGUUCUGCUUCCUCUGAGCCUCAUGCACAUCGCGGUUUUCCCAAAUGCCCAGAGUGACAAGGUUUUUCAUGCUCUCAUGAAGGCUGGCUGUAUUCAGCUUGCUUUGAACAAAAUCUGCUCCAAAGACAGUGCCUUUGCUCCUCUGUUAUCAUGUCACACGGCAAACAUAGAGAGCCCCACAAGCAUUUUGAAGGCUCUGCAUUAUAUGGUCCAAACUUCAACAUUUAGAACAGAAAAAUUAGUAGAAAAUGACUUUGAAGCACUUCUGAUGUAUUUCAACUGCAAUUUGAAUCACUUGAUGUCCCAAGAUGACAUAAAAAUUUUAAAGUCCCUUCCAUGCUACAAAUCCAUUAGUGGUCGCUAUAUGAGCAUUGCAAAAUUUGGAACAUGCUAUGUGCUUACGAAAAGUAUUCCGUCAGCUGAAGUGGAAAAGUGGACACAGUCAUCCUCUUCUGCAUUUCUAGAGGAAAAAAUGCACUUAAAAGAACUGUAUGAAGUGCUCGGUUGUGUACCUGUAGACGAUCUGGAGGUGUAUCUGAAACACCUCUUACCAAAAAUUGAAAAUCUCUCUUAUGAUGCGAAAUUAGAGCAUUUGAUCUAUCUUAAGAACAGAUUAUCAAGUGUUGAGGAAUUGUCAGAGAUCAAGGAGCAACUUUUUGAAAAACUGGAAAGUUUACUGAUAAUCUAUGAUGCUAACAGUCGACUAAAGCAAGCCAAACAUUUCUAUGAUAGAACUGUGAGAGUUUUUGAAGUUAUGCUUCCUGAAAAAUUGUUUAUUCCUAAGGACUUCUUUAAAAAAUUGGAACAACUUAUAAAACCCAAAAACCAAGUUGCAUUUAUGACAUCCUGGGUGGAAUUCUUAAGAAAUAUUGGACUCAAACAUGUGCUUUCUCAGCAGCAGUUGUUGCAGUUCGCCAAGGAAGUCAGUGUGAGAGCUAAUACUGAAAACUGGUCCAAAGAAACACUGCAAAAUACAGUCGAUAUCCUCCUGCAUCAUAUCUUCCAAGAACGGAUGGACUUGCUAUCUGGAAAUUUUCUGAAAGAACUGUCUUUGAUACCAUUCUUAUGUCCUGAGCGGGCCCCUGCUGAAUUCAUUCGAUUUCAUCCUCAGUAUCAAGAGGUAAAUGGAACACUUCCUCUUAUAAAGUUCAAUGGAGCACAGGUCAAUCCCAAAUUCAAGCAGUGUGAUGUGCUACAGCUGUUAUGGACAUCCUGCCCUAUUCUUCCAGAGAAAGCCACACCCUUGAGUAUCAGAGAACAGGAGGGGAGUGAGCUUGGCCCACAAGAACAACUGGAACAGGUUCUAAGCCUGCUUAACGUCAACUUGGACCCGCCCCUUGAUAAGGUCAUUAAUAACUGCAGAAACAUAUGCAACAUCACAACUUUGGAUGAAGAAAUGGUAAAAACUAGAGCAAAGGUCUUAAGGAGCAUUUACGAAUUUCUUAGUGCAGACAAAAGGGAGUUCCGUUUUCAGCUGCGGGGGGUUGCUUUCGUGAUGGUGGAAGAUGGCUGGAAACUUCUGAAGCCGGAGGAGGUGGUGAUAAAUCUGGAGUACGAGUCCGAUUUUAAACCUUACCUGUACAAGCUACCUCUGGAACUCGGCACCUUCCACCAGUUGUUCAAGCUCCUGGGCACUGAAGACAUCAUUUCAACUAAGCAGUACGUUGAAGUGCUGAGCCGCAUAUUCAAAAACUCCGAAGGAAAACAGUUAGAUCCUAACGAGAUGCGUACCGUGAAGAGAGUAGUCUCUGGCUUGUUCAGGAGUCUGCAGAACGACUCCGUCAAGGUGCGGGGUGAUCUGGAGGGCGUCCGGGACCUGGCUCUCUACCUGCCGAGCCAGGACGGCAGGCUGGUGAAGUCCAGCAUCCUGGUGUUUGACGAUGCGCCGCACUACAAGAGCAGGGUCCAGGGGAACAUCGGCGUGCAGAUGCUGGUGGAUCUCAGCCAGUGCUACCUGGGGAAGGACCACGGCUUCCACACCAAGCUCAUCAUGCUCUUCCCCCAGAAGCUCAGGCCGCGUCUGCUGAGCAGCAUCCUUGAAGAGCAGCUGGAUGAGGAGACCCCCAAAGUCUGCCAGUUUGGAGCCCUGUGCUCUCUGCAGGGAAGGCUGCAGUUGCUCUUGUCCUCUGAACAGUUCAUCACCGGCCUGAUCAGAAUCAUGAAGCACGAGAACGAUAAUGCUUUCCUGGCCAAUGAGGAAAAAGCCAUACGACUUUGCAAAGCCCUAAGGGAAGGACUGAAAGUGUCCUGUUUCGAGAAGCUUCAAACAACGUUAAGAGUUAAGGGUUUUAAUCCUAUUCCCCACAGCAGGAGUGAAACGUUUGCUUUUCUGAAGAGGUUUGGGAACGCAGUCAUCCUGCUCUACAUACAGCACUCAGACAGCAAAGACAUUAACUUCCUCUUGGCCUUGGCCAUGACGCUUAAGUCGGCCACUGACAACUUGAUUUCUGACACUUCAUAUUUAAUUGCUAUGCUAGGGUGCAAUGAUAUUUACAGGAUCAGUGAGAAGCUUGACAGUUUAGGAGUGAAAUAUGAUUCUUCGGAACCCUCAAAACUUGAACUUCCAAUGCCCGGCACCCCAAUACCUGCUGAGAUUCAUUACACUCUGCUGAUGGAUCCGAUGAACAUCUUUUACCCGGGAGAGUACGUCGGGUACCUCGUGGAUGCUGAAGGUGGUGACAUCUAUGGGUCGUACCAGCCAACGUACACGUACGCCAUUAUUGUGCAGGAAGUUGAAAGAGAAGAUGCUGACAGCUCUAGUUUUCUGGGAAAGAUAUAUCAGAUUGACAUCGGUUAUAGCGAGUAUAAAAUAGUCAGCUCUCUUGAUCUGUACAAGUUCUCGAGGCCCGAGGAAAGCUCUCAGAGCAGGGACAGCGCCCCUUCCACGCCGACCAGCCCCACGGAGUUCCCGGCUCCUGGUCUGCGAAGCAUCCCCCCUCUCUUCUCUGGGAAGGAGGGCCACAAGACCUCCUCUUCCAAGCAGCACUCCCCCAGAAAGCUCAAGGUGAAUUCUUUACCAGAAAUUUUAAAAGAAGUGACUUCAGUGGUGGAGCAAGCAUGGAAGCUCCCGGAGUCUGAAAGAAAGAAGAUUAUUAGGCGGUUGUAUUUGAAGUGGCACCCUGACAAAAACCCAGAGAAUCACGACAUUGCUAAUGAAGUGUUUAAACACUUGCAGAAUGAAAUCAACAGAUUAGAGAAACAGGCUUUUCUUGACCAAAAUGCUGACAGAGCCUCGAGGCGAACAUUUUCAACCCCAGCAUCCCGCUUUCAGUCAGAAAAGUGCUCGUUCCAGAGAUUUUAUACCUCGUGGAAUCAAGAAGCAACGAGCCAUAAAUCUGAGAGGCAACAGCAGAACAAGGAGCAGGGCCCCCCUCCUGCCGGGCAGACCUACUCCCAGAGGUUCUUUGUCCCUCCCACCUUCAAGUCCGUCGGGAAUCCCGUGGAAGCGCGGAGGUGGUUACGCCAAGCCAGGGCAAAUUUCUCAGCCGCCAGGAACGACCUUCACAAAAAUGCCAACGAAUGGGUGUGCUUUAAAUGCUUCCUUUCCACCAAGCUGGCCCUGAUCGCUGCCGACUAUGCUGUGAGGGGCAAGUCUGACAAGGACGUGAAGCCAACGGCACUUGCCCAGAAAAUUGAGGAGUACAGUCAGCAGCUGGAGGGGCUGACGAAUGAUGUCCACACAUUGGAGGCUUACGGGGUAGACAGCUUGAAAACAAGGUACCCUGACUUGCUUCCCUUCCCACAGAUCCCAAAUGACAGGUUCACUUCUGAGGUCGCCAUGCGGGUGAUGGAGUGCACCGCCUGCAUCAUCAUCAAACUGGAGAAUUUUAUACAACAGAAGGCGUGAAGGUGCUUAGAGAAGAAACAGCAGGGCUGGCUGUUGAGCAGGCUGUAGCACAAACACAGACAGCGUCCUUCCUCGGGCCCCGCCGCCAGCUCUGCAGGGGUGGCGAAGCGCGCUGUGGACGGCGUGGGGGCGCUGUGCAGUUGUCUGAACGUGAUUGUCGACGGAAGGCUGAGUCAGAGUUGUUUUGACGACGGUGGUGACUGCAGAAUCUCUGGCUGUGCUGGGCUGGCUGGGAUGGCACAUUUUGAACAGCACUUUAUAUAACCAAAGCUUAGCCAUUUGUUAGAGAAGAGUGUGUGUCUCUGGUUAGGAGGAAGUUAAUUUUAUGUUUUUAACAUGAUAUUUUUGAAGGAGCUCAUGAAACACUGGACAUAUCAUUGGUUUAAACGAAGAAGGGGAAUUAAGUCUUUGGAGUUUAUCACUUCUUUAAGUGGACCCUCUCGGAUGUAUUAUUUUCUUAUCAGCUGGAUCUGAUUAUGAAUUUGUUGCAAUUUUACAUAUUAAGCCCUCAGUAUGUGUAACAAAUGGUACCGCAUUUUAAUCCUGAGUAUUACUUGAUUGCGAAUCUGCAGAUCGUACUUGCUGGGUGCACUUUACGUCCUUACCUUCCAUGUGUUUCCGCCCUAUGUUUACAGGCCUCCGAGUUCACGGAGAUCACGCGGGGGGAACCCCUUGCUGGCAGUUCUAGCCCGGAGAUGUUAACGCCGCUCCCAGGAGCUGCUUGCCAGAGCAGCGUUUGUCACCUGUUAGGACAUCUGCUUUGUUUGUGCAUAUUCCCCACAAAUGUCGGCAUUUAGGUGGUGUGGUCGAACACGACGCAAUCUUCUGUCGUCUACAGGUGCUGCAGUGAACCCCUGUUGCCCCUCAACGUGGCACUUAGUGCAGGUUUUGGAUUUUACUUUGAAGACGUGAAGCAAUUGUAAAAUCAUUGUGACGAUAUCUAGCAGGCUAUAAAGAGGAAUUAUCGGCUUGUGUUUCCCCUAGGAGUGACUCAGAACUGGCAUUCAAUUUUUAUCAUGUUUGAAUGUCCUACGGACAUAUUUCUUUUGCAGAGUGUAAGAGAAAGGUGAUGAUAAUUAGUUCACAUAAGUGUGCUGGCUGUAAAUGAUGCUAAAUGUAAUAUUUUAUGCAAUGAAGGGCUUAUGGAACAUACUGAAACUUUUUUACUUUUCUUGGUCAUAAGGAAUGUUUGCGCCUCCACUAUUGUAUUGCUUCUGGAUGUGAAGCCAUGUGAUUAUUUCUGCUAUUAAGUGCCACAAUUUUAAUAAAGCAAAUGUACAUAUGAAAUCAUUGCAA